AAUGACGUCCAAUCUUCCGUACCUGCAGCCCCAUUUGGUGUUGGGCCUGCAGACCCAAGUGACGGGCAAUUUGAAUUUUUUAUCCGACGAUGAAGUUGUAUAUCCGGUCGGCGCUGUAGUCGCCGUCCACAACUACACCCUCAAGAGGCAGAAGUUCAUCCGGAUAUCUGACAAGGGGAAAAAUUUGACUCAUAUUGCGAUCAGUCCUGACAAAAAAUUGAUAGCGGUGGUCGAAACGACCGAGAAGCUACCGGUGGUGACCCUAUGGUGUCCGGAGUCCUUCAGGAGGAAGCGGACGCUGUCCCUUCCCACCGACAAAGACAUAGUCGCCGGAAGGUAUUCGGCUAUAGACUUCACCUUCGAUUCGGCGCGUUUGGUCUGCGUGACGGACGAGCCGGACUCGAACCUCUACUGUUUCAAGUGCGACAAGGGGCGCUUGGAAAGCUUCGCCAGGGCUAACAACGUCAACGGAACUGGCACCGUUACACAAGUCGCGUGCAACCCAAACGACCACAACCAGGUGGCGGUAGUGGGCGACUCGGUGCUGAGAUGUUUGGGUUGCGUGGACUACACGUGGCGUCAGUUCGGCUACAGCAAGUUCGAGCCUGUAGUCUACACGAGCUGCUGCUGGCUGUCGCAGGACCGGCUGAUGGUGGGCGGCGCGAGGGGUGACGUUUUGAUCUUUGAAACCGGCGAAUUAAGGGCGGUUUUCCACGCGUCGGACAUGCCGGUCAUCAAUAUGAAACUGAGGGAGUUCGAACGGACGUCGCAGACGAGCUUGAAAUCGAUACCGGUCGAUAACGGGGACCCAAAUCAGGACGGGGAGAACUACGAGAUCCGUUCGAUCGUCAACUUCGCUAGAGGAUUCGCUUUUGGGUUCAUGAACGGCAGGGUCCACUUAUACGAGAGGCAAACUCCGCACAAGUUCAGAAAACGUGCGGUGUUCCGAAUACCCGAUCGCACUGUAUACAGGGAGUACGACGACAGCCGCGUCGAAGUGAAAACGGGCGUCAACUGUAUUCGGGUGAACGCAGCGCAGGACAGAAUCCUGGUGACAUGCGGCGAAACCCAAAUCUACCAGGCGCGCCUAUGGUCGCAAUCCGAAACCGCCGAUGGGUGCGAAGUCGAAAUGACCGAGUACGGUUACCCUCAGCACCUGGGUUCCGUCGGUACCAUGGCGAUCUGCAGGUGGAAACCGAUCUGCGUGACCGCAGGCGCGAAAGACCGCUGCCUCAAGGUGUGGAACUACGAGAGCGGCGAUUUGGAGCUGGCGCGACGAUUCGAGGACGACGUCCAUUCGGCCGCUCUGCAUCCCACAGGUCUUUACUGCGUCAUCGGUUUCUCCGACAGGCUGCGCUACAUGACGAUCAUGAUCGACGACGUGGUCACCGUCAGGGAGUUCGGGAUACGCAACUGCAAACUGUCUGCGUUCAGCACACUGGGACACCUCUUCGCGUCCACCAACGGUAACAUCCUCCAGGUCUACUCCAGCGUUACGUUCGAGUUGAUGUACGUGCUGAAGGGCCACAAUGGGAAAAUCGCGAGCAUGUCUUGGAGCAGAGACGACCGUCUACUAGCCACCUGCGGCUCCGAGGGCGCCCUCUACAUCUGGGACGUCGUCGAGUCGGCCAGGAUGGCGGAAAUCAUAAUUAAGUCAAACCCUUUCACCGGUGUCGCGAUGACAUCUACCGGCAAAGAAGUCUACGCGGUCGGAAUGGAUGGGCGUGUCAAAGAAAUUGCGGGUUCGACCGUUCAGAGGGACGUAGCUUUAGUUGAGUCAGGCGGAUUGGACGGGCUGACGCUAUCUCAGCUGGACACCAUGUUGUUCGUGACGGGGGCGCAGGGAACCGUCUUCAGUCUCAAACUGCCCCUGCUGGAGAGGGCGGAGUUUGUAGAAUGCAUCAUGCAUAGAAAGGCAAUCACCAAUAUGUGCCUCACGUACGACGACAAGUACCUCAUCAGUGGCGGCGCGGACGGUAUGCUGUGCUUCUGGAAGGUAACCAACGCGGAAGAGAAAGCCAUCAGGCCGGAUAAGGAGAUGACGUCGGCGAACGAGAUCCUAAUCUCGAAGCAAAUACUGGAGGACAAAAUGGACAAGAUCGCUAACCUUCAGUUGCGCCUCAGGGAGUUGGAAACGGAACACCUCUACCAGAUGAGGCAAGCGGAUGCGCUGCACUCGCUGAGGAUGAAGGACAUUCACUCGGAAUACUGCCACGCGAUCGAGGAGCUGAAAAUCAAAAACGAGCAAAUGGAAGGCGAGCAUGUACAGGAGAUCAACACGAUCAACAGCCAGAUAUCGAAGAUGAAGAUGGACCACGAGCUGUUGGUGCAGAAGCUCGAGGCCAGCUACAACGAGAAGUUGAUUGUGGAGUACAAAAAGUUCGCGAGGCACGAAGAGAAAACCGAAAAGUUGCUGGAGGAGCAGCGGCGGCGUUACGAAGCGUUGGAGAAGCUCAAAGCGGAAUCCGAAGAGAGCGUCGACCACAAAAAUCGAGCGAUGCUGGGCGAAAAAGAUCAAAUCAUUGACGAGCUUAGGGAUAAAAUGGCCACGCUGAUUGCGGAGCACGAGCUCAUCAAACAGCAGAUCGAGGACGAUUGCGACAGGGAGAUUUGCGAACUGAAGACUACGCACGCGAAGGAGAUCAGGGACGAGCAAGAGCUGAACGUCAGGUUGAGGGGCGAGGCGGCUGUGACGAUGAAAAAACUCUUGGCCACUCAGAAAGAGUCGGAGGGGUACAAGCAGGAAGUCGCGGCGUUGGAGAAGGAACACGCCAAGUUCAAGGGCGUCAUCGCGGGCCUGGAAAAGGACGUGUGCGACAUCAAGAAGGAAAUCGCCGAGAGAGACUCGACCAUUGAAGACAAGGAGCGCAGGAUUUUCCAGUUGAAGAGCAAGAACCAGGAGCUGGAGAAGUUCAAGUUUAUCCUCGAUUUUAAGAUCAAAGAAUUGAAGUCGCAAGUGGAACCGCGCGAACGGACUAUCCAGGAGCAGACGACCCAGAUCAACGAGAUGGUCAGGGAGCUGGAGAAUCUGCAGAAGGUGACGCUGAACUUAGACGCGCAGCUAGCCGAGGACCGGUCCAAGUUGGCCGGGGCGGCCGCGGAAGUGCGCAGGGAGGUGGAGAGGAACUGGCGCAUGAAGAAGGCGUUACGCGAGAUGAGAAUGGACCUGCAUCGCGCCAGCGGUCUGAUCCAGAACGUUCCGAUGCUGCAGAAGGCCGUCAAGGAAAUGUACCACAAGUAUAACGCCGACAAAGACUUCGAAGUGAUCCAAGCAGAGGACACGGAGGCCAAAGGGGAAUUCCUACGUCAGCGGGAAUUUUUGGAAAGGACCGUCGCCACGUUGCACAAACAGGCAACCAAACACACAAGCACAUUGAGCUUCGACAAAAUCCGUUUGGUCGGCGAAAAUGCGUCUCUGCUGGUCGAAACUAACCAGUUAAGGAAGAAUUUGCAAACGGAAAUCGUUCAAAACAAGAAACUGAACGCGCUGAUAGGGCUGUCAUAUAUAUCGCCCCAGGUGGCGCAGCGCAAGGUGGACCUGGCGAUUGCGACCAACCGCGAAAUUUACGAAAAAUACUGGGAGCAAAUAGAGCAAAACAACAAGGUGAUUCAGGCGUUGCGGGACGAGAACGAGAGGUUGACUAACAAGAUAGCUGAAACUAGCGGGCUUGUUCCAUCUGGUGACGCAGAUAUCGAAGACGAGGCGAUAUAAGAUUGUAAUUGCCUCAAUAAAAUG